AUGUGUUCAAGUGUCGUUUGUCCUCCUUAUAAUGCUCCUGGUAGUUUAUAAUAUAAAAUAAUUAGUUUGUGGAGUAAGUUGUAAGACUUGUGAUUCAACUAAUAAAAAUUGUGCUAUUUGUUAAAUAGGUUAUUCCAAAAUGAAUGAGAAUGACACAAAGUGUAGUUUAAGUAUGAUAUUAUUUAGAUUAUUUAAGAAUGCAAUACAGGAUAAUAAAAUUGUUAAAUUGUUGAUUCAGUAUAUUCAUUUACUGAUUGUUAAGUGGGAUAUGAAUUAUUAGAUGAUGAUUGUGUGUGUAUUAAAUAUCUUAUUGUAUUAGAGUGUCCUAUUCAUUGUAAAAUAUGUUCUUCUGGAUAAUGUAGUGAAUGUGAAUGGCCAUAUUCUUUAAAAAGUUAUAAAUGUUUUGGUGAUCCAAAUUGUGUCAAAUAUGAUUACAUAUAUGAUUAAAUUACAGGUGAAGCAAUAGAUAUCAAUUGUUUAUAAUGUGAUCUUCAAUAUUUCAAAUAUUAAUCAAUUUGUACAAGUAUUAAAAUUUGUUUAAUUAUGUAGAAUGUGAAUCAUUUCCAGCUUUAAUUGGAUGUUUUGCUUGUGCUAAUGAAAAUGAAUGUCUAUUUUGUUGGGCAACAUAUUACUUGACUCCUUAGAAAUUAUGUGCACCAUUUAUAGGAUGUAAUUCAAUUUGUCAGACUUGUCUUAAUACUGAUCCAGAUUAUUGUACCACUUGUGAUUGGAUAAAUUAACAUAGAUCUUCUUAAAUAGAAAUUGGGAAGUGUAUUUGUGAUAUCACUUAAGAAUAUGCUGAUAAGGAUGGAACAUGUACUCUAUGUACUACAGGUGUUUGUUUAACUUGUACUACCAAUUUUUAUGAAUGUACAUCUUGUAAACCUGGUUUAAAUAGAGAACAUAUAGGUCUUAAAUGUCCUUGCAUAUAAGGUUAUUAUGAUACUGGUUAUGAAGAUGGAAUUUGUGAGUGUACAAAUUAUUAAUUAAUUAUGUAGAAUGUUUUCCAUCUUGUUAUAAUUGUUCUGGUCCUUUAGAUAAUGAUUGUACUAAUUGUGGUGAUCCAAAUAUAUAUCACAAAGAAUUAUUUCAAAAUAAAUGUGUUUGUGCCAAAAGAACAGUUUAAUUCAUUUUACCUAAUGGUUUAACUAGAUGUGAUCGUAUAUAAUUAUUUAUAUAUUUUAAAGCUUGCCAUCCAAAAUGUGAAAAAUGUCAAAUCCCAUUUGAUAAUUCUACAAAUCAAUUUUGUACAAUGUGCAUACCAGGACAAAACAGAAUUGUUUCUGAAGAUUUGAAAUGUAUUUGUAGAGAUGGAUAUGGAGAAGAUGGGAUUUUAGAUAUAUGUUUUAGUAUAUCUCAUAUUUGUAUUUCUUAGAAUGUCAUUAUUCAUGUCUAAGUUGCAAUGGACCAUUAUCAACUAAUUGUACAUAAUGUUCAGACAUUAGUCAUAGAUAACUAUCAUCAAAUAAUGAAUGUCUUUGUUAUGGAGCCUAUUAUGAUGAUGGUAGUUAAACAAUAAAUUGUUAAUGUAAAUAAAAUUAAAUAACAACUUUUAGAAUGUCAUCACUCUUGUACACUUUGUAAUAAUAGUUAUUUAGAUAAUUAAUGUGAGGCUUGUCCUUCUACAAGAUAACCAGAUGGAUUUGGAUAAACUUUUAAAUGUUUAUGCAAGGAUUCUCAUUAUUAUGAUAAUGAAUUAAUGUUGGAAUGUCAAGAAUGUCAUUACUCUUGCUUGACUUGUAAUGGUAGUGAUAAUAAAAGUUGUUAAUCAUGUGAUCCAAUUUAUAGAUAAUUAAUCAUUUCAAUUUGUGAAUGCAAUUAUGGAUUUUAUGAAAUUGGACUACUAUAAUGUGAUUGUAAUUUUGAAAUCUAUUAUCUAAGAAUGUCAUUAUACUUGCAAAACCUGCUUUUCACCUUAUAUUACUAGUUGUAUAACCUGCUUCUCUGAACAUAAUAGAAUCAUAAAAGGAAAUAAAUGCAUAUGCAAGGAUGGUUACAUGGAAAAGAGUCUUAAUGAUCCUAUGUGUUAUUGUAAUUAUUUUAUUGUUAAAUUAGAAUGCUCAUAUAAAUGUGCCAAUUGUGCCAACCAAAUUGAAUAUUGUACUUCUUGUCCAUCAUUUUCAUUAAGGGAUUUAGGAACUGAUAAUUCAUGUUCAUGUCCUUCUAAGGCUUAUGAUAAACCUGGUAAUCCAAUAUGCAUAUGUAUAUAUAAUUUAUAUUAAUAUUAAGUUUGUCAUUAUACUUGUAAAACUUGUAGUGGAACCAAUUCUGGUGAAUGUGAAAAUUGCGAUGCUCUUAAUUAUAGAUAUUUAAACAAUGGAUUAUGUCCUUGUAUUAACAAAUAUUUCGAUGAUGGCAUGCCUGAAUGUUAAUGUAUAUAUUUUUUACUAUAAUUUAUAGCUUGUAGUCCAUAUUGUUAAGAUUGUGUUGAAAAUUUAAAUAAAUGUACAUCUUGCAAGUCUGAUAAAUAUCUAAAUGGAAAUACUUGUAUAUGCAAAACAAAAGUUCAAGGAAAUUCUAUUAGUACAUUUCAAACUUCUACUAAGAUUGAUUGCUAAAGUAUAUUUCUUUUUAUUUAUCAAGAUUGCCACUAUUCAUGUCUAACUUGUGACGGUCCUAGUUUUAAUAAUUGUCUCACUUGCUUAGAUACUGAAAUGAGAGAGCUGUCUGGGUCUAUAUGUAUAUGCAAACCACCUUAUUUUGAUAAUGGCAAAGCUAAAUGCUCAAGUAAUUAUAACACAUUACUUAUAUAGUUUGCAAUUACAGAUGUCAAGCAUGUGCAAGUAAUGAAUCUUAAUGUUUAUCUUGUCUCCCUUCAAGUUUAAGGUAAUUCAAUGCUUUAUAAGGAUCAUGCUAUUGCCCAUAAAAGUACUUUGAUGAUGGAUCCAAUAGCAUUUGUUAAUGUAAAACUCAUUAAUUUAUAAAUAUAGAAUGCCAUUAUAGUUGUCAAACCUGUAGUUUGGUUAACACUAAAUGUGAUUCCUGUAUGCUAACAGCUAAUAGAACAUAUGAGAGUACUCUUUAAACUUGUAGCUGCAAUCUGGGUUAUUUUGAUGACGGUGUAGAGAUUUGUAAAUAAUGUCAUCAUUCUUGUUUAUCUUGUAAUGGCAUAGGAUUUAAUUCUUGUAUUACUUGCAAGGAUAGUACCAUUUCUUAUAGGGCAUAUAUAAAUUAGGUUUGUCAAUGUCUAGUGGGUUAUUAUGAUGAUGGAGUUUCAAGUAUAUGUUAAUAGUGCUAAGUUUAAUGCUUAACUUGUUUAAAUUAAUCUUAUUAUUGUACUUCAUGUUCGAUAACAAGACAUUUAAAUUUGCAAACUUGUAUUUGUAAUACAGGAUUUUUUGAAACAGGAUCAUCUUAAUGUUCUAAAUGUGAUUCUAAUUGCGUAAAAUGCAUUUCAAAUCCUUAUAAAUGCACUGAAUGUGACUCUAUUCUUUUAAAAUCACUAGAUCCUAACACUUAUGAAUGUAAGUGUUAAAAUGGUACCACUGAUGUAAAUGGAGUUUGCUAAUUUUGUGAUGUCUCUUGUUUAACAUGUUCAAACUCUAUUUCAAAUUGCACAGCCUGUCAUCAAAUGAAAUAAUUAAUUAAUAACAAAUGUCUCUGCGUAAAUGGUACAUUUGAAUCAGAAGCUGAUCGAUAAUGUAAAAUUUGUCAUCCUUCAUGUGAAACAUGUGCUUAUGAUGAAAACCAUUGUUUAACUUGUUCACUCAUUAAUUUUAGGAUCAAAUAAUCAGGUAAUACAUGUUAAUGUAUGAUUGGCUAUUUUGAAGAUAAAAUGACUUUAGCCUGUAAAGAAUGUAAUUAAUCAUGUCUGACAUGUGAAGGAAUCUCUUCAUAUUGCACAUCAUGUGAUUAAUCACUAAAUUUAACUUUAAGCAUUUAAAAUUAAUGUAUUUGCAGCAGUUCAUUUUAUUAUAAUCUAAUAUCUAAAAAAUGUGAAAGUAAAUGAUUUAUAAAAAUAAAAAUAGGUUGUAAUGUAACAUGUAAGGAAUGUCAAAAUGCAUAAAAAUGUAUUGAAUGUGAACCAAUUAGUAGAUUUUAUGAUCCAGAUAAUUUUAAAUGUUUAUGUAAAGAUGGUUAUUUUGAAACAAAUGAAAAAAUGUGUUAAUGUAAUAAUUAUAUUGAUAAAUAGUAUGUGAUUUGAGUUGUAAAACAUGUAUAAAUUAAAAAAUACAUUGUUUAACAUGUGAAUCAUUAUAUUUUAGAUUGUUCAAUAAUAAUACUAAUUAAUGUCUUUGUUUAGAUGGUUAUUAUGAUGUUGGUAUUGAAAUGUGUGAAAAAUGUAAUAAUUUAUGUAAAACUUGUUCAUAAAUAUCAACUAAAUGUUUAUCUUGUUAUGAAAAUGAAUAAAUAAGAAUAUUAAAUAAUAAUUAAUGUUAAUGUAAAUCUGGAUAUUUUGAUAAUGGAUAAUUAAUAUGUGAAAGUAAUUAUUAUUAUUUAUUUAUGAAUUUUAGAAUGUUCUAAAUCUUGUUUAACAUGUUAAGGAAAAAAUGAUUAUUGUACAAGUUGUGAUAUCAAUUUAAAUAGAAUAGAUUAAUCACCAAUUCAUAAAUGUCCAUGUUAAACUAAUUUCUAUUAAGAUUAAAAUGAAAUUUGUUAAAGUAUAUAUAUUAUAUAUAUAUUAGAAUGUCAUAUUAAAUGUUCUGGAUGUAUAUCAUAAAAAGAUAAAUGCAUAAGUUGUAAAACAUCAAGUACAUCUAAUAGAUUAUCAAUUACAUAAAAUUGUGAUUGUAUUGAUGGAUAUUAUGAUGAUGGUGUUUAAUUUUAAUGUUAAAAAUGUAGUUAUUAAUGUAAAACUUGUACACAAUCCCCAUAAAAUUGUUUAUUAUGUCUUAGUAAUUUAAGAGAAAUAAUUCCUACAUGUAAUUGCAAAUCUGGAUAUUUUUAAAAUGAAUAAUAAACAUGUGAAUGUAUUUAUAUUCUAUUAUUAAUAUAGUAUGUGAAAAUCAAUGUAAUACAUGUGAAAAAUUAUCAUAUAAUUGUACAAGUUGUAAAGGUAUUAGAAUAAAUAAAACUUGUGAUUGUUUAGAUGGAUAUUUUGAAGCAGGAUAACCUGAUUGUAUAAGUAAUCCUUAUUAAUUAAUAUUUAUAGAAUGUGAUUUUUAAUGUUUAACAUGUAAAGGAAAUUAAUCUUAUUGUUUAUUAUGUAAAGGUGAUCGUAUUAAUAUUCCAUUUUGUAAUUGUUAAGAUGGAUAUUAUGAUGAUUUCUAAAGUCUUGAUUGUUAACAAUGUGAUCCAAAUUGUAAAACUUGUAAUCUAGAGGGAUGUUUAAUUUGUAAUGGAAAUAGGGUAUUAUCAGAAGAAAAAACUUGUGAUUGUCCUUAAAAUUCAGUAAGUCACCCAGAAACACCAUGGUGUUCAAGUAAAUGAAUUUUAUUAACAUUUAUAGCUUGUGAAGUUGCUGUUUUGGAUAUUCGUUUUUCUGAUGAUUUACUUUCAGUCAAAGUGCUAUUUGAUUUUAAUUUGAAUCCAAAUUAUUUUUCCUCUUAGUUUUAAGAGAAUGUUUGUUAUAAAUUUUUAGCCGAUGAAACUAUUAAAUUAUUAGGAAAGAAUCCUAAUUGUAAAUUAGAUUAGGAAAAUUAUAAAUAAUUAAUAUUGAAUUUAGGUGUUAAUGCUGCAAUACUUCCAGGAGAUUCAAUUAUAUUUAUUGACUCUUAUUUUGGCCAUAAAGAUUGCUCAAGCAAAUUAGAUUUAUUUGUUUUAAAUAAAGUUUAAAGUCCUCUUAACCCAGUAUCACCUGUAAUAUCAUAUGAUAUACCUCAAUAUUUACUUAAUCCCUGUGAUGAUAACACCAUUUUAAUAAGUUAAAAAACAAAUGAUGGCCUAAGAAGUUUAAUAAACAUAGCAUGGUCUUAUUAAGUAGAAGGGUAAAAUGGUUAUGGUAAUCUAAAAGAAUUAGUUUAACAUUAAACUAAUCUAUAACUAUUAGAUCUAGUCAUUCCAAUUUAAACCCUUCCGAAACAAUCAAAAAUAACAUUCUUUGUUGAAUUUCAAAAUUUUAUUAAUUAAAAAGGGUAGUAAUAAAUUUAAGUUUAAACACAUUCUGGACAAUUACCAACUGUACUUUGGUUAGGUAAGAAAUAUUAUUAUACUUUUGAAAUAAUUGAUUUAUAGUUUACAAUCUAGAAAAAAUCAUGUACUAAUUCAACUUAAAGUUAGAAUGAUAAGUCUUAAUAUUCAGUAUCAUUAGUUGAAAUUUAUAGGAAUAAUUCUAAUUCCAGACCAUCAAGAGUAGAUGUUUCAUAAAUAAUAAAUGAAAGUACUUUUUAAGUGACAAUCUUAAAAUAUACAUUAUCCCCUAAAACUGCAUAUACAUUCUUAAUGGAAACUAAAGAACCCUAAACCACUUUUUCGUUUUCUCAAAACGUAACCAUUCAAAUAACUCCAGGAGGUCUACUAUGCUAAUUUUUUGGCAUUAAUAAGAUUCAAAAUUAUCAAAAGGAUUCUACUAUAAAUAUUUAAUGUAAAGAUCUUGAUACUUAAUAUCAAUGGAAUGAAGACUAAGAAAUUACAAUCGAAGUUAGCUGUGCUGACUUAACANCGGGUAUUAUCAGAAGAAAAAACUUGUGAUUGUCCUUAAAAUUCAGUUAGUCAUCCAGAAACACCAUGGUGUUCAAGUAAAUGAAUUUUAUUAAUAUUUAUAGCAUGUGAAGUUGCUGUUUUGGAUAUUCGUUUUUCUGAUGAUUUACUUUCAAUCAAAGUGUUAUUUGAUUUUAAUUUGAAUCCAAAUUAUUUUUCAUCGUAAUUCUCAGAUAACAUCUGUUAAAAAAUAUUGCAACCUACAACUGUUUAGAAAUUAGGAAUUAACCCUAAUUGUUAAUUAGAAUUUGAAAAUUAUAAAUAGUUAGUUUUGUUUCUAGGAUAGAAUGGAACUAUCCUCCCUGGAGAUCCUAUUGAAUUUUUGGAAAAUUCUUUGGGUCAUGUAGAAUGCGAGAGUAAAAUUAAUUUAUUUAUAUCCUCCACUUUGAAAUUACCUAGGAACCCAUUAAUACCAAUUAUAGAUUAUGAAGUACCAACAUAUUUGGUAAAUCCUUGUGAUGAUAACAAUAUUUAUAUGAAAUCUAAAUAGUAUGAUGGUUUAAGAGCAUUAAAUAGUAUUUCUUGGUCAUAUUAAAUAAAUGGUUUAAAUGGAAAUGGUAAUCUUGAAAGUUUUGUUUAAUAAUAAACGUCUCUUUAAAUUUUAGAUUUAAACAUUCCUUUAUCCACUUUACCUAAAUAAUCAACAAUUUUUUUAUUUAUUUCAUUUAAGAAUUUUGUAGGUUAAAAGAAUUAAAUUAAGAUUGAAUUAGCCACUCAUUCAGGAGAAUUUCCAACAAUUCUUUUAGUUAGUAAACGAAAGUUCUUUACAUUUGAGAAUAUAAUGCUAUUGUUUACAAUAAAUAGAAAAGUUUGUGAAGGAUCAAUUGAAACAAAUAAAGAUGUUUCAAAAUAUUAAAUUGAUUUAAUUGAAAUUUAUAGAAAUAAUUCUAAUUCUAGAUCUUCAAGAAUGAAUUAUUCAACAUUGACAAGUGAAACAACUUUUAAUGUUACUAUUCAAAAUUACACUUUGACUCCUCUUACUACUUAUACAUUCAAGUUAUCAACAAUUGAUCCUUCUAUUCUUUUUUCUGUUUCAAGAAAUAUUACAAUAGAAAUAGCUAAGGCAGGAUUAAAUUGUCAAUUUACAGGAACUAAGAAAAUUUAUAAUUAUCGAAAGGAUGCAAUAAUUUAUAUUAAUUGCAGAGAUUUAGAUUCACAAUAUGAUUGGAAUGAAGAUCCUGAUUUAUCAAUUGAUGUUAAAUGUUUAGAUUUGAUAAUCAAUAGUUAAUGUUUGGAUUUAAAGAAGAAUAUCAUCUAAGUUAAUAGAACUGAUUCAAUAUAGACUAUACCAAAGUUAUCAGUUUAAACAUACUCAAUUUAAAUAUGGUAAGUGACAGCCAAGAAAUAGAAUAAUACAUCUUACACUUUUAGAUAAACUGUAGUUUAUUUGGACAAUGAUUUUAGUAUUUUAGAUAUGAAUUAUAGUAAAGGUUAUUAGAUGAGACCUAUCAAUAAUUAUGAAUCACUUUAAUUUACAUUUAAUAUCCCUUUUGAUUAUAGAUAAUCUAUAGUAGAAUAUCAAGUAGCAAUUAUUUAUGAUUUUGAAUUAGUCAAAUUACUUUCACCCAAAUACUUUUAAUUUCAAUUUAAAUUAUUUGAUUACUAUUAAGAUUUUAAUGUAGGAAAUUCUUUCUAUCUGAAAUUUGUCACAUAAUAUUCUUUUGAUAUUAUUCCAAGUGAAUAUGAUAUUUAAUUAAUUCUCAAUUAACCUCCUAUAUGCAAAGGAUAAUUAUAUAAUUAUAAUUCAUCUACAUUAAGUUAAUUAAAAAUUGUUGGGAAUUGUUAAUAUUCAGAUGACUCUCCCUUUUAAUAUCAAUUGCGAUUCUUUCUCAUAAACUAAGACUAUGAAGAGUUUAAAAAAGGAAUCUCAGACAAUUCUCUAAUAUUGUAUUCUUUUUAAAGUUCAAAUAUUUUUGAAGUUUACUUACCUGCAUCAAAUGGAAUUGCUCUGAUUUAAGUUAUGGAUUAAGGAGGAUCAAUCUCAAAUGUGAUAUUUGAAAUCAAUUCAUAAAAAACUGAAUUCAAUUGUAGUACAUUGUAAAAUGGUACUUUUGAAUUUAAAUACCAAAUUGCUUUAGUUUUAGAAAUUAUGUUAAAUCAUUAUGAUAAAGAUGAUUGUGCUGUUUUAGUUAAAUAAUUGAUGUCGACAAUAAAAUCUUAAUUAAAUUAAUUUUAAUUUAAUGAUUUAAUGCUCGCCUAUUAAGUAAUAAAAUUAUAAGCAAAACUGAUGAUUGAAUAAAUUAAUACAAAAUCAAAAUCUAGAUUAUUAAAUUAGGUUGAUUUCAUUAAUUGUUAUGAUAAACAAAUUCUAAAGUUUAUAAUUAAGAGUUCUAAAAUUAAUGAAUAAAUUACUUAUAAUUCAUCUACAUUAAAUGAGGAAUUAUAAAGUAUAAAAUCUGAGAUUAAAACCUUAAUUUUAUUGAAAAUAAGUUUAGAAGAAGAAAUUAAUAGUAAUCCUUUAUUUUUAGAUGAACAAUUAGUCUAGAAAUAUGAAUCUAUUAUAAAUUCAAUUUUCUCUUAAUUAUAUCUUAUUGAUGAUAUAUUUUCAUAGCUCUAAAAUAUUAAUGUCAAAUCUGAAGUUGAAAAAUAAAAAUUGUAUAAUAUUACAAUAGAAUUGUAAUUACUUAUUGAUCGAAUUUCAAAUUAAAUUUGUUCAAAAGCAAAAGUUAAUGAAGCAUAAUUAAUGAUUAAUGGAUCCAAUUUGAAUUUAAAUAUUGGUCGAAUUACUAAACCAGUCUUUAAUUCUUUAUUUAACAUUGUUGGAGAUACAACAGAUGCAUUAAUUGCAUUUCUUUAAAGAUAAGCCUUACAAAUUAAUUAUAACUAUUAUUAUUUAUCAAAUUAAGAUGAUAUAUCUUAAAUAUCCACUCUCUUGAAUUAAUCUAAUAUCUUUAUUGAAAGAAACUAUUAUGUCAAAACUUAAUUAUCAAAUUAUUUAUAUAAUAAUAAAGUAAUUUAACAUAAUAAAUUAAUUAAAGAUUAUAUAAUUGAUAUUACAUAAUAUCAAUAUUGUUUUGAUUAAUCCUAUGAGUAAGAUGAAAUUUUUAAUUAUUUCUGUAUUAAUAGAGAUUAUAAUAAGUAAUUUCAUAAAUGCAAAAUAAUAAUUGAAGAAAAGGAAAAUAUUACAGUUUAAAUUUCUUGUUAAUGUUAAGAAUUAGGAGAAAUCUUUUUAAUUAAAUCACCCAAGUUGACUUUGAAUGAUUAGAAUAAUACAAAUAUCUCUAAUGAUAUUGGUGAUAAUAUUAAUAAUAACAUGACAAUAAUUAAUUAACCUAUAAUACUUUUUCAAGGUAUUUUCUUGGCAUUUUCUAUUUUUCUUUAUUUUGAAUUAAUUUUCAUAGAAAUAAGAAGGAAAAUCAAAUAAGAUAUAAAAUAUAAUAAUAUCGAAACAAUUGAUGAUAUUAAUAAGAUUGAAAAGAAGAAUGUCCUUAUUUUGUUUCCAGGAUUAAUCUUUCUAUUUAAAUAAAACUUCUAAGUAAAUCUAUUAUUUCUAAAUUUAGUUUAUUCAUUCAAUCAUAUAAUUGUUUUAUUAUCAUGAUAAUCAUAUUAAUACAAGUUUUAGAUUCUUGUAAAUAUCAACUUCCAUUAAUUUCAUAUUCCCUUUAGCCAUUGCUGAGAUCAUAUAUCUAGAAGAGUUGGAUAUAUCUAUUGGAAUAAUUAUAAUAAAUCAAUUGAUUAUGCUCAUUUUAAGAUUAAUGUUCAAAAUAUUUUAAGCAAUUUACAGAUUUAAAGGUAAAUUAGCCAUAUCUAUUAUUUUAAUCUAUUUUUCAAUAAAUGUGAUAUCAUAUACAAUAUCAAUUUUAUUGAUAAUUAGGAGGUAAUUAUCAAUACUAUAUACUAGGUUCGAUUCUGACAAUUCAAAAAAUAUAGAUGAAAUCAUAAUUUUUUCUAGUUCUAUUCUGAUUUCUAUUUUUUUAAUAGAACCACUAAUGAUAAUAAUUAGAAUAGGAAUAUAUAAAAUGACAAUAGGAGGAAUACAAAAUAGAACCUUAAAUCCUUUUGAGCACUUACUUUUCUUUUUUGUUUAACAUAGUAAAUUAGAUGAAAUAUUUUAAUAAUAUGUAUUUUUAUGA